CCACGUCCUAACUUCAUGGCAGCGGUGUCUUGUUUGGAUCUGGAAGCCCGUAUUUUAUACUAAUUUACAAUAAGGAUUAACAACAAACUGCAGACUCCCACAGGAAGCACAAAAUGCCCCUACGUUUGGACAUAAAGCGUAGACUGACAGCGAGGUCUGACCGAGUGAAGAGUGUCGACCUCCAUCCAACAGAGCCAUGGAUGCUGUGCUCGUUGUACCAGGGCAACGUCAACAUCUGGAACCACGAGAGCCAGACCCUGGUGAAGACUUUCGAGGUCUGCGAUUUGCCUGUCAGAGCAGCCAAGUUCGUACCCAGGAAAAAUUGGGUGGUCACUGGUUCCGAUGACAUGCAAGUCAGGGUUUUUAAUUAUAAUACACUGGAGAGGGUGCACUCCUUCGAGGCGCACAGUGAUUAUGUCAGAUGUAUCGCGGUGCAUCCCACUCAACCGUUCAUACUUACUAGCAGUGACGACAUGUUAAUAAAACUAUGGAACUGGGAGAAAUCCUGGCGAGGCCAACAAGUCUUCGAGGGCCACACUCACUACGUAAUGCAGAUUGUCUUCAACCCAAAGGACAACAACACAUUCGCAAGUGCCUCCCUGGACCGAACCGUAAAAGUUUGGCAGUUGGGUUCAUCCACAGCAAAUUUCACUCUCGAGGGUCACGAGAAAGGAGUCAACUGUGUGGAUUACUACCACGGAGGGGACAAACCCUACUUGAUCUCUGGGGCUGACGACAGAUACGUCAAGAUCUGGGAUUACCAGAACAAAACGUGUGUCCAGACACUGGAGGGACACACACAGAAUAUUUCGGCCGUUUGUUUCCACCCUGAGCUACCAAUUGUCCUCACAGGCUCUGAGGAUGGAACCGUGAGAAUCUGGCACGCAGGGACGUACAGAUUGGAGUCCUCGUUGAAUUAUGGGUUUGAACGUGUCUGGACCAUUGCAAGUAUGAAGGGAUCGAAUAAUGUGGCCAUUGGUUAUGAUGAGGGAAGUGUCAUGAUCAAAGUGGGAAGGGAGGAACCAGCGGUGUCCAUGGACUCGAUGGGCGGAAAGAUUGUGUGGGCGAAGCACAGUGAAAUUCAACAGGUGAACCUAAAAGCCCUCGGAGAGGAGGCACAAGAUGGUGAGCGCCUGCCGCUGGCCGUCAAAGACAUGGGCGCCUGCGAGAUCUACCCCCAGACAAUCCAGCACAACCCCAACGGCCGUUUCCUUGUGGUCUGCGGUGACGGCGAGUACAUAAUCUACACCUCCAUGGCCCUCCGCAACAAGGCCUUCGGUCAGGCCUUAGAAUUCGUCUGGGCCUCGGACUCCUCCCAGUACGCAGUCCGUGAGAGUUCAUCCGUCGUCAAAGUCUUCAAGAACUUCAAGGAGAAGAAGGUCCUCAAACCCGAUUUCGGAGUGGACGGAAUCUUCGGGGGCUUCCUCUUGGGAGUCUCCUCGGUCUCCGGUCUCUCCUUCUUCGACUGGGACACACUGAAACUCGUCAGGAGAAUCGAUAUUCAGCCGACCCACGUGUAUUGGGCGGAGAACGCCUCUCUGAUAGCCCUCGCCACAGCAGACCAGUACUUCAUCCUGAAGUAUCAUGCAGAUGUCGUCGCAAAUGCUCCGGAGAACGCUGAAGACAUUGAAGACGCAUUUGAGAUGGUGGCAGACAUGUCUGAAGUCGUGAAAACAGGACUAUGGGUGGGCGACUGCUUCAUCUACACCAACAGCGUCAACAGGAUCAACUACUUCGUUGGUGGGGAAGUGGUCACAAUAUCCCACCUCGACAGACCGAUGUAUCUCCUGGGAUACGUCCCCAGGGACAACAGACUGUACCUCUGCGACAAAGAGCUCGCAAUUGUCUCUUACUCACUACUCCUCUCCGUCCUGGAGUAUCAGACUGCCGUCAUGAGAAAGGACUUCGAAACAGCUGACAGGGUUCUUCCAACUGUCCCCAAGGAGCACAGAACUCGAGUCGCUCAUUUUCUGGAGAAACAGGGCUUCAAGAAACAGGCGCUCGACGUGUCCACAGACCCUGAGCACAGAUUUGAGCUUGCACUUGCCCUUGGAAAUCUGGAGAUUGCGCAUAAUUUGGCGAAAGAGGCGAAUAGCCAGCAGAAGUGGCGACAAUUGGCCUCUCUGGCGACUCAGAAGGGAAAGCUGACACUCGCACAGGAGUGCCUGCAUCAGGCACAAGAUUUUGGAGGGUUGUUACUGUUGGCUACCAGUACUGGCAACGCUGGCAUGAUUGAGAAGCUGGGGGAGGCUGCUGACGACGGAGGCAAGAACAACAUUUCGUUCCUGUCGAGCUUUCUCCUGGGGGAUGUCGACAAGUGUCUGGACAUCCUGGUGAAGACAGACAGGAUACCUGAGGCCGCCUUCUUCGCUAGGGCUUAUGCUCCCAGCAAGAUCUCACAUGUCGUGAAACUCUGGAAGGAGAAGCUGUCGACGGUGAGUGAGAAGGCCGGACAGAGUCUGGCUGAUCCUGAACAGUACGAGAACCUCUUCCCUGGGUAUAGGGAGGCACUCAAGGUCGAACAAUUCCUGAGGGCUGAGGGGAAGAGGAGAAUACCUGCUGCCGAGUUUUCUGCUGUUAAGCCAAAUAUCGAGAGAAAGCCUCUGGAGGAAAUGCUGGCAGCCGAGCAAGCCGGGGAAUUCCACCCAAGUAACAGUGCGAGAUCCGCAGAGCUUGAGAACGAUUCCGACAAAUUAGCCAACAGAUUACAAGAAUUGGGAUUUGGUAGAUCAACAGUUGCACCUGAGCCCCAGUCCUCGACCGCACCCAAAAGCAGUAAGUCGAGGCCCCUCACCAUCGACGACGACGAUCUUGACCUGGACCUCGAGCUUGAUGAAAACAUCGACACAACUGAUGUUAAUCUGGACGAUGAUCUACUGGCCGAAGAUUAGAACGAGUGAGAAUAAAGUGGGUUUAUUAUUCAUUCGGUCGCCAGCCAUUCCCCAACAUUAUUUUCCAUCUAUUCGAGUAUUAAAGUGAUGAAUUCAUCAAAGGGAGACUUUUUUAAUUGUUCGAAUGAUUUUAUAUGAUUUCAAUUCACAUGAAAACAUCAAUAAGAAUUAAAUAUAUUGUUAAUAUAAAUAAAUGUGGACGUGUGCAAUGUCCAAAUUUUCUUCAAA